GUCUCUCUUUGUGUGUUCUGGUAACAGGGCCGCAGUAACUUCUAUACACUCCGCCAUUUUAUACUUGAGAGUCCUGACUGUUUCGUGGCUGGGACACACUCGUAGAUUGGGAUCAUGGCUCGCACCGCUGCCCUGGGGUUUCUCCUGGCGUGUCUGGCCCUGUCGGUUGCCCAACAUGAGCCAGGAUACUGUGCCUUCUAUGAAGAGUGCGGCCGCAACCCCUCCCUCGGGGACACCCUCAUCCCUCCUAUUGUCCCCUGUCUCAACUACAGCCCUGCACGAGCAAUGAGGGGAGAACACUACCAGAAGCUCAGACAGGUGUGUCCCAUGUUGGACCAGGGAGCGAACAACACUUACGCCUGCUGCUCCAUAAAGCAGCUGAGGUCCCUGGAAAAGAGCCUCAGCCUGUCUAAGGCUGUGCUGGUCCGCUGCCCGUCUUGCGCUGAAAACUUUGCCCACCUGCACUGCAUCAACACCUGCAGUCCAAACCAGAGCCAGACAGUCAGUGUCACAAGGACCAUGAACGUCACUCACUUGGGUGUAAAGAAGGAGGUUGUGGUGGGCUACCAGGCAUUCCUCUCCGCCACCUUUGCAGACGCCUCAUUCCAGUCCUGUCAAAAUGUCAGGAUCCCGGCCACUGGAGGCUUUGCUAUUUCCACCAUGUGUGGGCGCUACGGAGCCAAAUUGUGCACCCCUCAGCGCUGGUACGACUUCCAGGGAGACUCCAGCAACGGCUUGGCCCCACUGGACAUCGACUUCAUGCUGAUACCCGAGGGUGUGACCGAGGGUUUGCCCGAAGGUGUAAUCCCUUACAGUGGGCGGGCUUUGAGGUGCAAUGAGACCACACCGUCUGGAGGGGAGGUCUGCUCUUGCCAGGACUGCCAGGAUUCAUGCCCGGUGAUGCCGCCUCCACCCCUCCCCGCCAAACCCUUCAGACUGAUGGGCACAGACGGUUUCCUGGUGCUCUCCAUCCUCUUCCUCUGCCUCCUCCUCCUCACUUUCCUGCUCUACCUCUCUGUCUCUUGCUGGGUUAAGGUGCAGGAAAGAAAAGAGGUAGAGAAAGGAAAAAGAAAGAGAAAGGGCAAGGGCAAGGGCAAGGACCAGAAUGGGAAUGACUUGAAUCAGCUGCUGGUUGAUCCUUCUGAGGUGACAUAUAUGGAGGAGAACAUCCUGGCUGCUCAAGAGUAUUUGAGCUCUGUAUUUUGUAUCUGGGGAACCCUGAUGGCUUCACACCCCCUCAAGGUGCUCUUGGUAUCUGCCAUUGUUGUGGCUGCCUUUGCCACAGGCCUCAUGAACAUUGAGCUCACCACUGACCCAGUCCAACUGUGGUCCGCUCCCAGUAGCCGGGCCCGCAGGGAGAAAGACUUCCACGACAAAUACUUUGAUCCGUUCUUCAGAACUAACCAGCUGAUCUUGACGGCGCCAAACAGGAAAGGUCAAGUCUAUGACUCUUUGCUGUUCGGAAAGCAGAACUUUAGUGGCAUCGUCUCCAAAGAUCUCAUCACUGAGCUGUUGGAGCUCCAAACACGGAUACAGAAUAUAGAGUUCUGGUCUGAGGAUUUGAACCGCAGCGCAAGUUUGAAAGAUGUGUGUUUUGCUCCUCUGAACCCAUCCAACCCCUCUUUGACGGACUGUGCCGUCAACAGCUUGCCCCAGUACUUCCAGAACAGUCUGGACAACCUCAAUGCUAAGGUCAACAUGACAGAGUUGGGGGUUACCAAAGAGGUUGAUUGGAGGGACCACUUCAUUUACUGUGUCAACUCUCCUUUGUCUUUCAAGGACAUUACUGAUUUAGGAAUGAGCUGCAUGGCUGACUAUGGAGCGCCAGUAUUUCCCUUUCUCGCUGUGGGAGGCUAUGUUGAUGAGGCAUACACCAACGCAGAGGCUCUCAUCAUGACCUUCUCCCUGAACAACUAUGCUCGAGACGAUGUGAAGUUCAACGUGGCCCUGCAGUGGGAGAAGAAGUUUCUGGAUAUUGUCCAAGAGUACCAGAGAAACCCCAAAACCAAUUUCACCUUUGCAUACAUGGCAGAGAGGUCUCUGGAAGAUGAGAUCAACAGGACAACAACAGAAGACAUCCCCAUCUUCAUGAUCAGCUACGCUGUCAUCUUCCUCUACAUCGCUGUUGCUCUGGGCGAGUACUCUUCUUGCAAACGCAUACUGGUAGACUCCAAGUUCCUGGUUGGUCUGGGUGGUAUUCUGGUGGUUGGAUGCUCAGUCCUGUCUUCCAUGGGCUUCUAUGCCUGGAUAGGAAUUCCCUCCUCCCUGGUCAUUCUCCAGGUUGUCCCCUUCCUGGUGCUGGCUGUCGGCGCAGACAACAUCUUCAUCUUUGUGCUAGAGUACCAGAGAGACAUGCGUAGAUCGGGUGAGAAGAGAGAAGAACAUAUUGGUCGUGUACUUGGAAACGUCGCUCCCAGCAUGCUCCUCUGCAGUCUUUCAGAGUCUGUUUGCUUCUUCCUUGGGGCCCUGUCCACCAUGCCGGCAGUGAGGUCCUUUGCUCUGUAUGCCGCUCUGGCAAUACUCAUGGACUUUAUCCUCCAGAUGACUGCCUUUGUGGCAUUGUUUUCUCUGGAUGCCCGGCGGCAAGACAACAACCGCUGUGAGCUGGUCUGUUGUGUAACUGUCUCAAAGCAGCAUCCCACCACGUCGAAUGAAGGUUUCCUGCUGCCCUUAAUGAGGAAAUACUACGCCCCUGCCCUCCUCCAUCCAGUCUCCAGGAUCAUAGUGAUGGUGGUGUUCAUCUUCAUGUUCUGCGGUUCCAUAUUCCUGAUGUUCCAUGUGACAGUGGGCCUCGAUCAGGAGCUGGCUAUGCCUACGGAUUCCUACAUGCUGGAAUAUUUCAAAUACCUGUACAAGUAUUUUGAAGUGGGCGUGCCAACGUACUUUGUGACAACAAAGGGCUUCAACUUCUCCACUACUGCCGGCAUGAACGCAGUUUGCUCCAGUGUGGGUUGUGAUCAGUUCUCGCUCACACAGAAGAUCCAGUAUGCCACGGACUACCCUGAACUCUCCUACAUGGCUAUUCCUGCUAACUCCUGGGUGGACGAUUUCAUCGACUGGCUGAACCCGGGAUCGAGAUGCUGUCGCCUGUACAGCUUUGGUCCUAAUGCUGGGGAGUUCUGCCCUGCUAGUGAAUCUCCUCUACUCUGUCUAAAAAAGUGUAUGUCAACUCCUCCUAACGGGGUCCUCAGGCCCAGUGUUGAAAAAUUCAACCGUUUCCUCCCGGACUUCCUGGGCAAUAGACCAGACCUACAGUGUCCUAAAGGUGGUCUAGGAGCUUAUGACAAGGCUGUGGUGAGAGAUGAAAACGGAGAAAUAAUAGCGUCCCGCUUCAUGGCUUACCAUACGCCGCUGACCAACUCGCGGGAGUUCACUGCUGCCCUGCAGAAGGUCAGAGAGCUGGCACACAACAUCACCAUGGGCAUGAGACAGAUACCGGGCACCUCACCGGACUUCGAGGUCUUCCCUUACACGGUGACUUAUGUUUUCUAUGAGCAGUACCUAACCAUUGUGCCAGAAGGGCUGUUUAAUAUCUCGCUGUGCCUGCUGCCAACCUUUGUUGUGUGCUGUCUGCUGCUGGGUAUGGACCUGUGCUCCGGCCUGCUCAACCUCCUCACAAUAGUCAUGAUCGUUGUGGAUACCCUGGGUGUCAUGACACUGUGGGGCAUAGACUACAACGCGGUGGCCCUCAUCAAUCUAGUCACGGCGGUGGGAAUCUCUGUGGAGUUUGUGUCCCACCUGACGAGAUCCUUCGCUCUCAGCGUCAAGCCCACACACGUGGAAAGGGCAAUGGAGGCCACCACCAACAUGGGUAGCGCGGUGUUUGCCGGCGUGGCCAUGACCAACCUCCCAGGUAUCAUCGUGCUUGCUUUCGCUAAAGCCCAGCUCAUCCAGAUCUUCUUCUUCCGUUUGAAUCUGGUCAUUACACUGCUAGGGAUGGUUCAUGGACUCAUCUUCCUCCCUGUACUGCUCAGCUUCUUUGGUCCUAGUGUGAAUAAAGCAGCGCUGCUGAAGGUGCAGCAGGCGGAGGCAAAGGCCAAACAGGAAAUGGAACUGAGCAGCAACAUCAGUCAGAUCUACGACAACCUGAGCUACGAAGACCACGAGAAAACUCAGGAACUGGGCCCGCGCGCCUCCCGGCUCACCUCAGAUGCCAGCAAAUCUUCAUCAGCUAGAGCAGAAGUACAAGAAGAGGAAGGGUGCAGAAUUAACUAUUUCUGAGCGGCAACGACGGGGGCGGUGUUAUUCUGUUUUCAAACCCUUGACAAAUACGUCCAUGACGAAAGAAACAAGGAUGGACAAAGGAAGGACAGAUAUGGUGAACCCAGGGCCAUAUGACAUUUGCUAUGUACCUCAAUCUGGAAUGGAUUGGUGGGCAUGUGGCCCACCACACACAGCUGUGCAAUAUUUCUGAACAUGUCGAGAGUGUAUUUGAGUGGGGACAACGAAAUGCGUAAAGGUCUGUUUUGCUCUAUAUGUAGGAAACAGUCAGCCAAGACGUAAUAAAGUUCAGCUCCGAGUGUUUUGACAAUGACAUUACUCGCUUCACUUGACAGCGAGCCCCGCUAGGCAGGAAAUAUCUAAUCGUAGGAUUGUAAGAAAGGAUAGAAAGGGGUCUAUUUAUAGAUGAAACAAAAAUAUGUCAGAAUGAGUCAUUUUGUCUUUUUUUAAUGGGUGGAUGUGUAAGUUAAAGAUGUUUAUUUAAUGUAAUUUUAUCUUAUGUUCACAUUAUUCAUAUUAGCACUGUGUUUAAGGCGUUAUAAAUGAACGGAAACACUCCAGCAGUUCACAUUUUUACUUCUUUUUUUUUUUUAGUAGCGGUAUUGUGAGUGUCCUUCUUGUGUUUUCAACAAAAAAUAUUAAAUGUUUUG